AUGAUAAACAAGAAGCUAGAUAAUCAGGCUACAACAACUAAGCGGAAUGAAACAAAUAUAAUUCUGAAUAAAAUAAUAACAACAGAGUUUAUAUCAACAAUAGUGGAUUUUAUUAAUGAUAUUGGGAAGCCAGUAGUAAAAUUAGCUACUAAUGAUAAAGUAGAAUUAACAAAAAUCAUGGAUGAUUAUGUUAUAAAACUACGAAGUAUUGAAGAACGCCUACGUUUAAAUUUCCAAUUUGAGGAUAUGCCGACGGGACCAAAUAGAUUAACAACAAAUGAAGAAGCAAAUUCUGACAUUUCAAUGAUUAAUAACUCACUACUAACUACAACAAUGAUACCGAAUCAAAGAAGAACAACGUCCGUAGAAAUAGAAGUAAGAAAUGGUCCGGAAGAAAACACGAACAUCGUUUCAUUAGUCUAG